AUGGAGAGUCCUACAUCCAAUUCUGAGCAUCACAAGCAUCAUGCUCAUCACUCCCUCGAGGACGACAAUCGACGGUCGUCAGACCGCAAGUCCAUCGAAUUCAGUUCACCUCUCGCCAAGCCGCCACUUGCAAGCCCACCUCCCAAAAAUCUGAAAGGAGAUGACCACAAAGAUACCUUGGGGCCAGAGCGGAAGGAAGAGGAGCUUUUCAGUAUGCCGCUCAAGAGCCUGAAAAGCGUGAGUGCACCGGUUAUUUGCCCAGUUUGUGAAGUAAGGGCCAUGACUAUCACAGAGACGCGAUCUGGUGGUUUCACUUUCGGUGCUGCCGGUCUCGUAUGCCUUUUGUCCUGCGCUAUCCUGGCAUGGGUCCCCUUCUUCAUCCCCGAAACCAAGGAUGUUUUUCAUCGGUGUGGCAAUUGUAAAGUAUAUCUUGCUCAGUGGCACCGAGUAGGUCGCACUGAAAUCCUCGCCUACCCAGGGGUGAACAAGGAUGAGAACAAGGAUGGAGAAUAA